CACAUUGGGCUCCAUUAUUGGGAGGGAAAUGUAUUUUACUUGAAAUGUAACGUUUCAAUUGCAGACUUUGUGUGUCUCGGAUCUCAGCAAGACAACAAGAAACGAAUAAACUAUAUUGUGAAAUGAUACCCUGGUUACGUCGGUGGUGCUCUGAUAGCUCACUGUAAAGGGGGCGUUUCGUUAAUUACGUUCUAAAGUGCACUAUCGGCUGGUCUACUCUGCACAACUCGUCAAAUUAUGUCCCACUCACAAUCCCUCCAAUUGCGGACGAGUAACCAGUUGGACAGUUACAUAUGGAGACUCUUACAGCGUUAACUAUGGAUAUCAGAGGUUUCUCGAUAACUCUUUGUUUUCUGAUUUGUGUCUUUCCGUCGUCGUUUGGUCUGAAUCCCGAUGAAGUAGAGAGACUGGGUAGAUCUUCAUACAUAGCGGCGGUGUAUGAACACCGGGUUGUGUUGACCCCUGAGCCGCACCUGGCCCGGACGCGGGCCGCUGCGCUAAGACACAUGAGGACCAACCUGGACGUCUUCGAGGAGCAGGCCAGGCGGGCAUCUCAACAAGGUGUCCAGAUCCUGGUGUUUCCAGAGGACGGCAUUCAUGGUUUCAACUUCAGCCGCUCCUCCAUAUCCAGCUACCUAGAGACCGUCCCUGACCCCCGACUUGAGAGCUGGAACCCCUGUACCCAGCCGGGAAGAUACAACAACACUGACGUGCUCCAGCGGUUGAGCUGUAUGGCCCGUUGCUACAGCCUCUACCUGGUGGCCAACAUGGCCAGCCUGCAGCCCUGCCCCGCAAGCACGGACCCCCCCACCUGCCCCCCCGAUGGCCGCUGGCAGUUCAACACAGACGUAGUUUUCAGUUCUGACGGCCAGCUGGUGGCACGCUACCACAAGCAGAACCUUUAUUUUGAAAAGGCCUUUGACGUGCCCCCGAGCCCAGAAUUGAUCACCUUCGACACGCCCUUCGCCGGGCGGUUCGGCGUCCUCACUUGCUUCGAUCUGAUGUUCCGCGAGCCCGCGGUGGGGCUGGUGGAGAGGGGCGUGCGCCAGCUGGUCUACCCCACCGCCUGGAUGAACCAGCUGCCCCUGCUCGCCGCCGCCCAGUUCCAGCGAGCCUUCAGCCUGGGCGCCGGCGUCACGGUGCUGGCGGCCAACGUCCGCAGUGAUGUGCUGGGCAUGACAGGAAGCGGCAUCUUCACCCCGGCCUCCGCCCUCGCCCACCACCACUCGUUCCAGGGCCAGCCCGAGGAAGGCCGGCUCCUGGUGGCCCGGGUGCCUGUGUUGGAUCCCCUGUGGUCGGGAGCGGAGGAGGAGGCUGCUGGGGGAGAGGUGGAGGACGUCGGUGGAGAUGAGUCCUCUUGGUCCGUGGUGGAGUCCAGACACUGCAAGCAGGAGGAGAACAACUGUUUGGAUUCCAUGGCUUCAACCCCAUCUCCCUCUCCUCGCCCCGUUACCUCCUCCUCCCCCAUCUUUCAUUCCUCCAUGAUGUAUGACCUCUUCACGUUCGCCCGGGUCCCGGCGGUGCAGGGACAGCUGAGGGUCUGCCAGGGCACCCUCUGCUGCCACCUGCAGUACCGGAGGUCACAGCCAGGGGGCGGCGAGCUCUAUGCGCUCGGGGCGUUCGCUGGCACGCACACCGUCAAUGGCCGCUACGCCCUGCAGGUUUGUGCACUGGUCCGAUGUGCCGGCCAAAAGGCAACGUCCUGCGGACAGGAAGUGGUGGAGGCCGAGUCUAAGAUGGACUUCAUGUUGAGCGGGAGGUUUGAGACGCCGCACGUCUACCCGUCGCUGGUGGUCAGCGGCGUGAAGCUGGAGCAGCCCCGACACUUUGACAUAAAGCCCACCGGCACCGUUACCAUGGCGCACUCCAACAUGGCCGCAGGCCUGGUCACCGCCUGUCUCUACGGACGCAUGUAUCACCUGGACCGGGUCUGAGGUGUUUGCAUUUUUGCAAUGCAAACGAUUGCACAAUUGAUCAAUUUGUAUUGAAAUUAAUUUAAUUUAAGGGAUAGUCUUUCUUGACUGAAUAAAAGGGUUCAUGUAUAAAAUAUAUAUAUAAAUCGAUAAUUAAAUUUUGACAAAUCUCAAGAC